AUGGCCAUGCUGCCACCGCAUCAUUUAACCCACCAGCACGCCGGCCCCCGCGUUAUAUUCGAAGUGGAAGGAUGGCAAGAGCAGUCGUCUCACGCCAUUAAACAGCUAUACUACAACUGGCGGCCCCGCACUGCUGAACUGUUGCAGUUAGCCACAGGCCACCCCGAUCGCUUCGAUCCCAAGUACGUGGCUAACCUCAUCAGGGAAGAGUUAGGCGAAUUCUUCCGACGGUCCGAUCCCAAUCAGCAGGAGGAAAAAAGGUAUCCCGGUGGGGGACUGGACGAGAUGCUCGCCGGGGUGGCAAACGCGGCCGUCGUUGCAGACAGUUGCUUCCAAUCAUCCCCGGUGGAAUGGCAGAUCCUCUUCACGGACCCGGUGACGGGCAAGACGACCGGCUUCCCCUACCAGGGCCCCGCCCAGUGCGUCACCAGCCCGAUUGAACUGGGCCGCUAUCUCAUGGACAUGGUACCCAUGCAGGUCAUGGUUGACCUGUGGGCGGGGGGGGAUAGUGAUGACGAGCGUGAGGAGGAAGAGAAGUGCCAAGAGGGCGAAGGUGAGAAGGGCGAGGUUGGGACCGAGGAGAACAAGGGCGGAAGGGCUUCGGCUUGA